GGAAAAAUAAAAUAAAAAUAGAAUUUCUUUUUUAUUCUUAUUUUUUUCUUGUCUAUUUAUUAUGACUUCAAACACAAUCCCACUCUCAAUUUCAAGUCCUGAAUAUAAAGGCAUUUCUGAAUUGAAUAUUAUUUACGAAGCUGGUCUUGAUAAUGAAAGUCGUCCAAUAUUAGUCUUAUGUGCUAAUAACUUGCCUAAUCCUGAUAUAUACGAUUAUGAUUUAAUAUUAUCUUUUCUUGUAGCUCGAUUAGAUGAAUUUGUUGAAAAUGAUUAUGUUUUGGUUUUCUUUUCUUCACCUGCAAAACAUCGACCUGGCUGGAUGUGGCUAUUAAAAGCAUAUCGAUUACUGGAUCGCAAAUAUAAAAAGAAUCUAAAGGCGCUUUAUGUAGUUCAUCUUUCAACUACCUAUAGAAUUAUCUUUGAUCUUGCUAAUAAAGUCAUCAGUCCUAAAUUCGCUAGUAAAUUACGUUAUAUUCCAAAUUUAGAAGUAUUACAAGAUCACAUUCAAUUAGCCCCACAAUUUAUACCAUUAAGCGUGAUUAACUAUGAUUCACAAUUACCUUCUACUAUUGCAAAUACACAUCAAAGACAACAACAAAAACGACCAGUCCCUUCUUUGGCAUUUGGUAGAAAGCUAGAAGAUUUAGCUUUAUUAGAAGGAAAAGAUAUAAAUGAUAAUGACUUUAUACCAGCUUUUAUAAUUCAAAUUAUAAAUCAUAUAAAAGAAAAAGGAUUGGAUAAAGAAGGUAUCUUUAGAAAGUCACCUUCCAGUGGUGAAUUACAAUCUGUCAAAUAUUUAUUUAAUUACGGUAAAACUGUCAAUUUACAUGAAUAUGAUAUUAAUGUUUCCGCAUCACUAUUAAAAGUAUUUAUAAGAGAAUUGCCUAUACCGUUAAUCGACUUGAAAUUUAGUGACAGUAUAGCCGCAUUAUUAAACACAGGUACUUGUACAAAUGAUAUCAUUUCAAAAGUAAAAGAUAAACUCUUGAUAGAAUACGAGUCAAAACACAUUUAUUUCAAUUUAUUGAAGUUUAUUUGUCAUUUCUUAAAGCAAGUCUCGGAUCAUGCAAAUAAAAAUAAAAUGACUAUAUAUAAUUUAGCUGUUGUAUUUACACCAAAUAUGAUACGAACAAUCCAUGAAGACGUACAUUAUAUGAAGAUACCUGACACGCAACAAUCAGUAAUAGCUGAUUCGGCUUUUUAUUUAAAACAAAUGAAUCAAGGCAUAACUCUUGUUCAGUUCUUUAUUGUAAACUGUGAUGAAAUAUUUCGUUAAAUAGUAAUAAAAAGCUGCCCUUAUUGUGCAUACGCA